UUCCUUCCUUUGUCGAAGUGGCUCGAAUAACUACAUUUUCGCGCUGAUUGUCAAUGUUUAGACUUUUCAUUAGAUCCACCUACGAGAUCUCGCGAUAACAAGCAUGGCGGAGCAGACGAAGAAUUUUUCAUGCUGUACAUUAUAUUUAAUGAAAAACACCUUUAUUAGACAUGCCCGAGCACAAAGUUGGUACUCCUUUUGGUAUAAACAACAUUUGGGACUAAUACACAGAGUUUAUUAUCGGUUAUUCAUAAAAUUAUUUUGCACCAUUACGGAGAUCCUAUGGAAUUGUAGCCCUAUCCCGAAAACGUCAGAAUAAAAAAAAAUUGGAUUGGGCUACUUUAUACUCAACAAACUCAGCCAAUCAAAAUUGAACUGAUGACAUCAUUAAAAGGUAUAAGAAGGAGCAACAACACCGGAUACGGCCGGAGAAGUCAUGGAAAAUUCUGGAAUAUACAGAUUUAACCGUUUUAACGGUAAGGAUGAGCUUUCUUUUAUACCACCUACACUGUUCGAUGAAAAUAGUUCACGUCACUGGUCAAGGUAUAUUCCAGAUGAUGUGAAUGAAGUAUUUUUCAUUGAUUUUGAUAAAAAUUUGAACUUUUUACAAAAAUUAGAAAAUAGAAAUUUACCGACUAAUGGGUAUUAUAUAUUAUUUGCAUCAAAAUUUUUUAGAUGGUUAGAAAGUCUCUCUUCGCCUAGUGAACAUUUUAGUGACAUCAGAUUUAGGUGUUACAGUGAAGAAAGUGCACGCCAGAUAUUAAGAUUGAGGCUUAAGGGUCGACUAACUGUUAUUGAAAUUCCUGUGAGUACGAACAACCAUGCUGUAUCAGUACCUAUUGUAAUCGAAAUGGCUAAAUUUAUUGAUUUACGUUUUAGAAUAUCUGUCAUGUGCAAGCAUAACAUCAUUUACGUUGCUCAGCAUUAUUUCAGGAACGUAUUUCAUAAAGAUAUUUGUAUUAUUGAAAACAGACCUGUUAUAAACUUCGAGGAUGUCAAUUAUAUUAUACGCCCUCUUUCCUUUUCGUCCAGCUCUAAUGAAAACCUUAGAGUUGUAUCAUUUAUAGACGAAAACAACGUAAAACUUCGAAGGAGCCGCUAUGUGGAACCUCAUGAUCACUUCAAUUUGUAUUAUAUGAAUGAAAAUAACAACCGAUCAUCUAAUGGUAGAAGGAUGGAAUCAGCUUUUAAUAUCUCCUACGAUCUCCCAUCGAUAUCACGUCACGUGACUGUAGAUCACCACUCAAGGAAUGCUUUAGAAAUUAUGGUACCCCAAAUAGACGACUGUGCGGAUAUUGCUAUUAUAAUUGCAAUGUCACGCUUUGAUUGUAAAUUGUUGAAGGAUAUCGUGUUUGAAGUCAGGAAUAAAGAUAAAAUAUUUACAGCAGCAACAUAUUUAUUUACUAAAUAUGGACGUAAAAUUGAGCUUCCUGACAUUGAAAAUAAUUGAAAAAAUAUACAUAUGAUUGUGUUUCUUUUGAUGUGAUGUACUCCAAAACGGAAAUUUUUCAAAAUUGCAUGACAAGCAAAAACAACACAAAAUAUAUAAAUUUAAAAAAGAGAAGAAAGGGAAAACUUUUUAAAAAUUCUUUGUCAAGAAAUCAAACGUGAGAGAUUUUCUAUUCCAUAUGUAUUGUUGAAAACCUACAGUGUAAGGUGGUGUAAAAUCUGGCCCAUCCUUACAGUAGCUUCUCCCCCUGUUGGGCAACUCUUUUCAUUCUAUGUCUUGUAAAACCAACUUUCACAUAAAACGUGGAAUACAUAUGUUUAAAAAGUAGUAUAACAGUUUUCAAAUACAAAAAUCACUGAUCUUUAUCAAUUGUCAUGGUUUGUACAUAUUGCAUAUAUAGAUUUUAUGUCUACAAAAAAUAUAUAUUUUGAAGUUCUUUUUUUAAAUCUCCAUGAGACCAUGUAUGUUGCUGAAUUUAACUGGUGACAAAAAUGGCUAUUGGAUUGCUACACAGGUGCUGUGAAAUUAAAUACGGAAUAGUAUAUCAGAAUACAAUGCAGAGUUUAGAACACCAACCCGAAAAAAAAUGAGAUGGAAAACGUUUACAUUAGGAGGAAAAUGCCCUUUCUGGGGCAACAGCUUCCUACAGAGUUUAUAAGAACUUCCCAUGCAGGGUUUGCGAUUACCAACAAGGUACAUGGAACGUUAAAUUAACAUAAACGCAAAUACUUGAAGAUAUCAGUGAUUACUGAAGAUGACAUUGCACAAUAAUUUAAUUGAUGCGUGCAUCAAAUUAUCCCUCUCAUCAAUAUUGGAUUGAUUCGCGCAUCAAUAUAAGAUGAUGCUCGCAAUAAUUAAGUUGAUGAUCGCAUCCAUUGAAUUAUUGCGGACAAAAAUUGAAUCAUGUGCACAUCAAUUAAAUUAUUGCUCUCUUCAAUUGAAUUGAAGAGCGUGCAUCAAUGUGGUGGAAUUAUACCUCUCAAGAUUGGAUUUUGUACUCCGAAUAAUUGAUUUGAUAAUCUCUUUAAUUCAAGUGAAGAUAUCUUUAAUUAUUUACGAGUUUGUAUAUUAUAUAUUCAGAUUUUAAAAACAUAACGAAAAUGCCAGAUGACAUUACAAAAGGCAUCGUUAAAAUCAUGCAUCGUUACAAAUUGUCAAUGUAUUAGGAAUGGUUGUAUCCUACGUUAUACUUUCAUAGAAUGGUUUUUGGUGGGUUUUUUUAUCUAUUCAAUUCUUUAUUGUCCAUGAGUUAUACGACUCAUCGGAAUACAUCUAGUACAUGUAUAUACACAAUAUAUCUAAUUGUAUAAGAUAAACAACUGGUGAGUGAACAGGAGAAGAUAGGAGGAAAAGAAAUUACAAAUAUAAAAUGUAAUCACAUUAUGAGAUGCACAUGUUAUUAGAAAAAUACUAUAAUUACUGUUUACAUUAUUGACUUACAAUGCUAAACUUCAUAUUUUCACAGCUUGUACUAAGAAUUUUCCCAAGUUAUAGAGUUCUUUAGUAUUGUCUACACUAAGGAGCUUAACUAAUUUAAAGACAAUUGGUUUUGUGUAAUAAAAACUCUUAAUGUAUUUCUUUCUCAAAUCGUUGUAAAAUGGACAUUUCAGGAUAAAAUGAAAUUCAUCUUCUAUAUCAUUAUAAUCGCAUAAUUUACAAAGCCUCACAGUCCUUAAAACAUUGUUAUGCUUACCUUUUUCAAUAUUCAAAGAAUGUGAAGACGUUCUGAAUUUGAUGAUAUUUUUUUUCCUUUUUAAGUUGAUUGGUCUUUUGAGAUAUGAUUGUAAACAAAAGUUAUGUAUUAAAUGUUCAUAAAGAACACUUUUUGGUGAACUUGAAAUAGACGACAUUAGGUUUUCUUUGUAAAUAUCCAAUAUUCUGAAUUCUAUUAUUUUAUAAUCUUUAAGCUGAUUCACAACGACUUUUCAAACAAAUAUUCUAAACCAAUGCUUGACAGAUCAUGUUUCACAUUAACAAUCCAACUGUCAUUGUUUGCAAUCAUAUUUUCAUAACAAUCUUUCAAAAUACAGUUAUUCGUGGUUUUAAUUUUUAACCAGAAUUUAAAAAUUGUCAAUUUUCUUCUAACGUAAAGUGGAAAUCUGCCAAGUUCACAAUAUACCGUACUAUUGUUGGUUCUUUUGUUUACUCCUAACACUUUUUUACAAAAAGAAAGAUGCACCUUUUCAGUGUCCGGUGCUUUAUGAAAACCCCAAAUUUCACAUGUAUAUGAAAGAAUACUGUGUACAUAAGUAUCAAAAAUUGAACAUUGCGUAUCAACAUUAAAAUAAUGAUUUCUCAAAGUAUUAGAUAUUACAAAAAGUGCUUUACGUCCUUGUUCGGCAACAUGUUUUUGUGUUUGGAAAAAUUUGCCAUUGUAAUUAAACAACAUCCCCAAAUACUUAAAUGUAUUUACAAUUUCAAGACAUUGAUUAUUAUACAUCAAUUUCUCAGUUUCCAUAAUUUUCCCACUAUUUCUAAAAAUAACAACCUUGGUUUUUGACACAUUCACAAUCAAAUCCCAAUCAUUAAAAUAAUUAUGGAGAGAAUUUAACAUAUUUUGUAACCCUGAUAUAAUUACCAUGUCGUCAGCAUACAUACAUUAGUAAGAAAAUAUUAAUCAAUUGUAAUUCAACAGAUGGACAAUUGUUACUAAUGAAAUUUAUCUCAAAAUCAUUAACAUAAAGAGCAAAGAGUAAUGGCGAUAACACUUCGCCCUGCAUAAGACCCAUUUUAUUGCUAAAAUAUUCACUUAAAACCCUAUCGAAUUUUACACAUGAUUUCCCACUACUGUACGGAGAUUGGAUAACUUGAAGCAGUUUCCCUCGAAUACCAAUAUUAAACAAUCUGAACCAUAACUUAUACCUAUUGAUAGAGCCAAACGCCUUUUGCAAAUCUACAAAACAACAAUAUAAACGUUUUUUGUUUUUCAGAGUUUUGUUAAUUAAUGAUUGCAAAACAAAUAUUGCAUCUGCUGUAGAUAAUCCUGGUCGGAAACCAAACUGUGCAUCAGUCAAAAUAUUGUGUUUGUUAUCCCACUCCAAAAUUCUGUUAUUCAAGACACUAGUGAAUAGUUUUCCAAAGCAACUAACAAUAGAAAUACCCCUGUAGUUAUUUACGUCAUCAGUAUCUCCUUUUUGCUCACCUGAACCAAAGGUUCAAGUGAGCUUUCCGGAUCACAUUUUGUCCGUCGUCCGUCUGUCUGUCUGUCCGUCUGUAAACUUUUCACAUUUUCGACUUCUUCUCCAGAACCACUGGGCCAAUUUCAACCAAACUUGGCCAAAAGCAUCCUUGAGUGAAGAGCUUUCAAAUUUGUUCAAAUGAAGGGCCAUGUCCCUUUCAAAGGGGAGAUAAUCACAAAAAUGCAAAUAUAGGGUGGGGUCAUUUAAAAAUCUUCUUCUCAAGAACCACUGAGCCAGAAGAGCUGAAAUUUACCUGAAAGCGUCCUGACAUAUUGCAGAUUUAAGUUUGUUCAAAUCAUGGCCCCCGGGGGUAGGAUGGGGCCACAAGGGGGGAUCAAAGUUUUACAUACAAAUAUAUAGGGAAAACUUUA